CUCUCCUUCCCCACCCAUACCCCCUCGACCAUCUUGAACUAACAGGCCAGUAUGGCAAUGUUUUGGAAUUCAAAACAAUGGGAUCCGAAAGGAAAGCAUGUGUACAUCACUGGGGGGAGCUCAGGCUUGGGUCUUGCUCUCUCAAAAAUUGUGGCCUCUAAAGGCGCACAUGUCUCCAUUGUUGCUCGGAAUGAAAAGAACCUAGCUUCUGCUCUGACCGAGAUUGAGGGUUGCCGCGUCUCUCCAGACCAGAUCUUUCAAUCUUUCUCCCACUCCCUCCUUGACCCCAGCGAAGCCAGCACCGCACUUGAAGACGUCGUCGCCAAACACUCCGGCCUCGCCCCCGACGCUGUCUUCCUCUGCGCCGGCACUUCUAACCCGCGCUACUUCCUUGAAUACACCCCUUCCGAUCUUUCCUCUGGGAUGGACCAAUCCUACUGGGUCCAAACCUACACCGCGCAUGCCGUGACAAAACUCAUGGUUUCCCAAAACCGCACCGGGCACAUCACCUUCGUCUCCUCUACACUCGGACUCAUGACUAUCCCCGGAUACUCGUCGUACGCACCGGGUAAACAUGCGUUGAGGGGCCUGGCGGAUAUGUUGAGGCAGGAGUUUUUGUUGUACGGGAUAGAUGUCCAUAUUUUCUUCCCGCCGACAAUGUUUACGAAGGGAUAUGAGGAGGAGAAUAAGUUGAAGCCGAAGUUGACGUUGAAGAUUGAGGAAGGAGACGAUGGGUUGACGGCGGAGCAAGCAGCGGAUAUUUUGUUCAAGGGUGUACAGAAGGGCAAUUUCCAGAUCACUGGAAACUUCAUCACCGACCUCUUCCGGGCAUCGUCCCGCCAGGCCGCACCGCGAAACAACUGGAUCCUCGACGGUCUCUACGACUUUGUCGCCUACAUCGCCGUCCCCAUCUGGGCCUCGGGUAUGGAGAAGCAAGUACGUGCGCACCGAGAUGAGCAUCUCAAGCAUCUCGAGGAUGGUGGGUUCGUACAGUUCCAGAAGAGUUGAGGAUGUCGCGCGCUGUCGUCUUCUUCGUCUUCCCUUGCGUGGUCGGUAAGGAUGCUGAGGUGUGGAAAGUUGAUCAAUAUACCCUAUUUUCUCGUUGUGUGAAUCCUCACCUAUAUUCUGGACUGUUAUGAGCUGUUCUCCGAGAUGCGAGUGCUGAGCUCGAUUAUUUGUGAUGCCUUCCUACCAUGCUCUCGUCAUUGGAAUCGGAACGACCGGUCUUAAAGCC